UUUAUUAUCACAGGAUCCUUGUCAAUUGCAGCAGGGACUAGAACUACAAAAGGUCUGGUCCAAGGUAGCCUAGGACUGAACAUCGUCAGCUCUUUGAUGGCUGCAUCAGGGAUUUUAUUCAGUGCAAUAAGCUUGAGCAUUAUUUCAUCUGGAAUCCCUGACUGUCUCUCUCAUGAGGCAGUGGAUGAUUGUCCCAUGAUUAUGUCGAUUUUAAUGGGUCUGAAUGGUAUGGUGCUCAUUUUAAGUGUGUUGGAGUUCUGCAUUGCUGUGUCUCUCUCUGCCUUUGGUUGCAAAGCAACCUGUUGUAACCCUGGUGGGGUUAUGUUAAUUCUACCGUCUUAUCCUCACAUGGCAGAAACAGCAUCUCCUGUACCGGUUAAAGGAGUUUUGAUGCCACCCUCAGAUCAACACGAAAAUGUUCCAGAAAAUCUCUGCUAA